GCCACCUCCGUCGCCUCCCGCCGCCAUGAAGUGGAUGUUUAAGGAGGACCAUUCGCUGGAACACAGAUGCGUGGAAUCCGCGAAGAUCAGAGCGAAGUACCCCGACCGGGUUCCGGUGAUUGUGGAAAAAGUCUCAGGCUCUCAGAUUGUUGACAUUGACAAAAGGAAGUACUUGGUUCCCUCUGACAUCACUGUGGCCCACUUCAUGUGGAUCAUCAGGAAAAGGAUCCAGCUUCCUUCUGAGAAGGCCAUCUUCCUGUUUGUGGACAAGACAGUCCCACAGUCCAGCCUAACUAUGGGACAGCUUUACGAGAAGGAAAAAGAUGAAGAUGGAUUCUUGUAUGUGGCCUACAGCGGAGAGAACACUUUUGGCUUCUGAGGGCCAGUGCUUGCUAAGUGCACCGUUCCUGCUUGUGUAUCUUGUAAAUAACUGGCUGUUUUCAGUUCCUCUACCAGAGCCUCUUCACAUAGACCUACUAGUGCAUUUGUAACUGGAUUUAUUUCUUAAUAUAUUGGAAGGUUUUGUUUCCUUAGAUCAGUAAAUUAUACAGAGUUUUA